GAGAGUUUUAUUCAGCAAGUUUAUUUGUUACAGCUGGCAGGGAAAAUUGUGAAAGGGAAGAGGAUAUAACUGAUUACCAGCAGCUAUAAAAACAUUAAUAAACCGUCUGGGCCAUUUUUCCGCAACUAUGAUCACACUUUCAGUGAGUUUUUUGAAUUUUAAACUAAGCUUAGCUGCAUUAACAAGACAUUUUACCGCAUGCUACUAUUCGUGACUUAUAAGCAGAUGAAUUAAACUAUUAUUUACGUCUGAAGAUCCUAAUUGUGUAUUCAUCAGAUUUAGUGUGGAAACCUUCCGAAACUAAAACACAAUGGAAUUUGAAGACUUACUGCUAGAUGUCGGAGAUUACGGGAAAUACCAAAAGCAUUUGAUUUUAAUUUUCUUAGUCCCUGCAGCUUCCUUACUUCCAUGGUUUACCAUGAAUAUUAUGUUCAUGGUAUCAGUCCCUGAUCACUGGUGUUAUGUUCCAGAAGUAGCUUCGUCUAAUUUAAGCAUUUCUGCUCAAAGAUCUCUAAUUAGUCCUCCGGGCGAUCCAUGUUGUCGUAUGUAUGAUGUAAAUUACACUGAGUUUUUGUCUAAUGGAAUCUACACUGUGCCUAAUGAUACAGCUACAAAGCCAUGUUCUCAAGGUUGGCAAUAUGAUAAAACCGACUACGAAUCAACAGUUGCUACAGAGUGGGAUCUAGUAUGCGAUGAUUACCAUUAUACAAAAUUCAUCCAAACAAUGUUUAGUGUGGGAAGCAUUCUUGGAACCCCAAUGUAUGGAGCUUUAUCUGAUAGGAUUGGUCGGAAAAUUACUUUUUUCAUAACUAUUCUCGUCACAGCUGUGUCUGCCAUAGUUUCUGUUUUGAUGAAAAACUUCACAGCCUUCAUAGUCGUUAAAACUAUUAAUGGAAGCCUCAUGCCUUCUGUCUUUCAACUACCAUAUAUAAUAGUUUUGGAAAUUGUGGCACCCGAGGUGAGAACUCAAAUGAAUGGCAUCACAAAUAUUGCGUGGACAGUAGGCCUUUGUUUUUUGCCUUUAAUCGCUUAUUUAGCCCGAAGCUGGGUUACGCUGGGACUUAUCACUUCAUCAGUAACUCUCGUAAUGCUUCCAGAAUCUCCUCGUUGGCUCGUCUCCCAGGGAAAAUAUGAUGAAGCACUGGUGAUCAUGACAAAAGUUGCGGAAAAAAAUGGAAAACCUCAUGAUCCAAAAGUUCUUUCACAGAAAAUAGAGAAAUUAGGAGAGAAACUGAAAACAGACAAAACUGUACAAGAUUCCUCGUCCUUAGAUCUUCUCAAAUAUCCCCAGCUACGCAAAAAAUUUUUAAUCAUAACUUUAUGUUGGAUAGCGGAUACCUGCGCUUAUUAUGGUCUACAAAUAAAUGUCUACAAUUUAGCAGGCAACGAAUUUGUCAACUUUUUCUUUAUGGCUUUGGCUGAAGUACCUGGUUACUUAGCCAGCUGGUACAUCAUGGAACGUCUGGGAAGGCGAUGGUGUGCAGUUGGGCGCUUUUUGUUUGACUGGAAUCGUCUGCAUGUUGCCUGGUAUAGGACAAAAUAUGGUAUGAACAAGCUAAGAGAAAAAAAUAGCUUUCAACAUUUAGAUAUGCCUUACGCUGAUAUUGUAUGUUCAGUGAUUGGUAAAUUCUUCGGAGCGGCUGCUUUCAUGGUAACAUAUCAGCAAAGUUCUGAACUCUAUCCAACAGUAGUGCGAUCCUUGGGAAUGGGAAUGAGCUCCACUGUUGCUUCAGUAGUCACGAUUCUUCUUCCCUAUGUUGUUUUAUUGGCUAUUUAUGGCAAAGUUAUUCCUUUUAUUAUCAUCGGAAUCAUAUGUUUAGCAGCAGGAAUUGCUGCAUCCUUCUUACCAGAGACACUCAACGAAAACUUACCUCAGACGAUUACUGAUGCUGAAAAUUUUGGAACUAAACAAAAAUUCUUUUCCUGGAACAAACGCAAAAUGUCUAUUAGCCGAGAAAGGUCGAUAAAAAUGAAGACUUCGCAGCGUAGUCACAGUGAAAAUAAUGAGGAUGCUAACCCACAUGUAACAGCAACAGUUCUACAAAAUGCAGAUUUAGAAGCUAUUGCAGGAAAUUCUGACACUAUGAAGGAAUUAGAGAAUGCUCCAAACGAUGAAUCAGGCAACUUAAGAAAGCGAAAAUCUGACGAUGCAAUUAAAAGCAUAAACAUUGAUGAAACAAAAUCCACCGUUCCUAGUUCAGCAACCAAUGACUACCAUUCAUCUGAAGCUUUGAAACAGCAUGCUGAAUCCGAGGGAAGUCGUCGUCCUGUUUCAAAUGAAAAUGGGAAGGAUCUGUUCUCUAGGGAGUUGAACUGAAGACAAACAUUACAUCAACAAGGGAGUAGAAUGAGUAAGAAGAGACAUAGGAACUACAGACGUUCAUAAUGGUUAAUUAUGAACGUCCAUUAUCAGAUAUAUUUUUUUAUACUUUCUAACAUUUAGAAAGCGUUUAUAUUUUAGUUUUGUGUUUCAAGCUAUAUAUGUCAGUACAUUGGCAUUUAUAUGCUGCGCGAAGCUAUUUUCUUGUACGACAGAGGAAACUCGAUUAUUUAUUAGUCAUUUGACAAUAACGUUAUGUUACCUACCAGUCCUUUGAGAAGUUCCAAUGGUCAUUAUGAAUCCCAAGAUAGCAAAAAAUAAAUGCAAGUAUAAAAAUAACUACGUUAAUUGAUGUAGAUUUUAUUCUAUCAGAAGCAUUUUCAGCAAUUGCAAAGCUACCAUCAUUUCCUGAUGCAAUUAGAUGAACAAUAAUGUGUAACAUCUACCGCGUAAAUUAAGUCUAAAUACUUGUUCUAAAACUUAAACCAGUAGUUGAUUUAUCGCAUUUCGUAUUGCUUGUCUUCUAAUAUGCAAGGUAGACCCAAAGGUCAUAUAUACCAAACACAUAAACAUUAUUAGCCACAACUUGUGGAAAUUGCAGCUAAAGAAAUAAAUGAACUAAACUUCAAGGAUUCUCGUAACUUACAAUAAUAACUGCUUGGUUAAAAUUAAUAAGUGAUUACGGCAACGAAUCCUACACAAUAAAAGUACACUUAGGUAGGUUUCAAAAGGUACUAAACUUUCAAAGCUCUACCAAAUCUUCAAUAAUUCGGUUACUCUUUUAGCGGAAUUUACAGUAAGACGGCAGAAUUAUGAAAUUAGUUAUGCUUAAGCCUAGUGUUACAGUGUCAGGCAGUGCCCCCAGCCGCAUAAUUUGCAUAUAUUUUUGGUUCCAAGUUCUGGUUCCUGACAAAAACUUGGAAUAGAAAUUAACAUAACUGUUAGUAAAAUUUAAAUCACUAAUGUCACAAUUUAUAGCAAAGAAAGAAAAAAUGCUAAACUUUUCAAGUUCUACAAAAUCUUCAAUAAUUCUAUCACUAUUUAACUAGCGGCUUUUACAGAAAGAUGACUGAAUCAUGGAAUGAGUUGAAAUCAGGUAAUGGUUUAGAUUAAAAUUAUGCUGUGACACUUGCCGUAUAAUUUGCAUAAAGUCUGGUUUCAAGUUCUGAUUCCAGAGUUUUCUGAAGAGUCAAGAAAUAUCAGAUAGAAUUUAACGUAACGCAAACUGUUAAUAAAAUUUAAAUCGUAAAUGUUACAAAGUACAGCAAGGAAAGAAAGGUCAAAGAAAUUUAGAUAAAGCAAAGAAUUUGUAGAGACAUUGUAAACAACAGCGUCUUCUAAAGUAAAAGGGGAGUAAAUGGAACAAAGUAAAUGAAAGCAGAAAAAGUAAGCAGAAAAAUGAUGCACACACUUAUUUUUUAAUAAAAGAUAUGAUAUCUCUUUUGUUAUUUUCUUUCUUCUUUAAUGAUAGAAGUCGCCGUUGUUAGCCACACGUGUUUUAUUGAAAAUUCGCUUUCUUUCUUUGUGGUAUUUCUCUUCUUUAGUGGCAAUGAAGAAAGCGACAAAUCACUUAAAACAUUCCAGCUAAAAUAAAAUCUACAUCAAUUAACGGGAUAAUCGCUGCAUUAUUUCAACAAAUAUAAUUACUAAACAUUUUCUGUUAAAAUAUAUUCAUUCUUAUACAACUACAGAAAAUUAUAUUUUUUCUGAGUACUUUGCUACUAGACUUUACACUUUUAUGUACAAGGCUUCAACAGUGAAAACGUAUUCCGUAUUUAAUUGCGUAAUUGUUGUUUUCAUUUAUACAAUAUAUGAAACGAUAAAGAAUGAUUUUGUUAUGUAUGCCUAUAGAUUCAUGUCUUAUUUUAAUAAAUGUAAAUUUUGAGAACUGCAAUAGUAAAAAUAUUUAACUAUAAAUUUUAUUUUAUUUAAAUUUACUUUAAAAAAAGGAAAUAUUUUAUACUUACCGUAUUAUAGCUAGGUAAUGCUUUAGAUUAAUUUCAAACAUUUGAUAUUUUCCUUUGCAUAUUCGUAAUUAAAUUAAGUCAUAUAAACCGACCACUUGCUAGCCCUUUUUUGGUAAUCCAUCCAUUUUUUUUUUUUUUUAAUUUCUAAUGGCAGUCCCAAGAUUAAUCAAAGUUCCGCUGUACUUCGAUGUCAUCGAUCCAUGUACUAUACGUGCGCACAGUGGUCACAGUUAAUUCAUGUUAAAAAUAAACCAAAGGAUUUCAUUGAGAGCUAUUAUCCCAGAAUUUAGGUGGAAAGGCAACAUACCGACGCAGAGUUUAAAAGUAGGCUAAAAAGCAAGCUUAGGCUGUUGAUCCCAUCUCUGAUUUUAAUUUUUGCAUUAUUAAUGAGAUAUCUUGUCUCUCCGAUUUUUACUAUAUCAGGCAUAUUAAAGGAGAAUUAAAACUGCGCAUCAAUAUACACGAAUCCUCCUUCCAAAACGAGAAAUAAAGAUAUCUUGGAUAACUAAUCACAGUUAGUCCCUCAAUUGCAUUUGAGUUUUGGUUCUGCCAAAAUUAUAUACAGAGCGUUUGAUAGUGAAAAAUUAAUAGAUUUCUUUAAAGGUUUUUCAAAUAUUUUAAACUUUUACGUUUCAUUACUGCUUUUCUCGACAGAGGGUGCUAUAAUUAUAAUAUCUUAGACUUUUAACUAGCUUUUAGCUUACCCUUUUACUAUUUCUCUCGCUAGAGGACGCUAGCUAGUUUUAUCUUGCCUUAUUUGCAUAUGAGUUAUUCCUCAAAACUUUGUAAAAGAUUUUUGUUACUGAGGAAAGUUACCAAUCACUUUCGAAAUCGGUAGAGAGUUGCUCAAAAUUUACUCCGGUAUAAGUUUUUUUUAUUAGUCUAAUUUGAAACUAUUUAACAUGUUAGUAAUAUUUUUAACACUUUAAGCAAUUUAAUAUUUUAACGUAACCAGUUUUGAUACGGACACUACCGGAUACCUAUUAGAAAAUCAUUAAUAUAAUGAUUUUCUAAUAGGUAUCCGGUAGCCUUUUUCUAAUAGGUAUCCGGUAGCCAAUUCUUUCUUAAGACCAUGAGCUUUCUAAAUUGCAACUUUCUGUAUGCUAUAUAAGAUUUCAUAAAUAAGUACAGUUCUCUGUUCCUGCUCAUAAAUAAGCAACAAAGGCAGAACAUUGAAUAAAACAAAACUAUAUAAUGCAGAUGUUGGAAAUUGAUCCAAGUGUUUGCUCUAGGAUUACUAGAUUAUAUAGUAAACAAUAAAACAAAGACACACAAAAACACAUGUAUGACGUCUUCUAUCACGAGAGACCAAAUUUGUCGAAAGAAUGUGCAAUGGAAAAUCACGUUAGAACGGGUAUGGUACCCUGUACCUGAAAGACGUCCUUGACGUCAGCGAAUCAAGCUGCCAACAGAGCCGUUGAUCGCUUGUUGUGGCUGUAGCACCCAUUCCUGUAGUAUUGCAUGUCGGAGCUCGUGGAGGGCACCUGGUGGCACACUGCAGCCUGCUAUCUAUUCUCCAAACCGUCCUUCAUAUGCUCUGUAUGAUUUAAUUCCGGUGAUCAGAUUUGGAAAUGUUUCACUCUCCAGAUGGUUUUGCACCACUUGAGCUCUAUGCGGGUGGACAUCAUAGUUCAUAAAUCGGUGGCCAAUGCAGCGAUAAAUCGAAGCACAAGAAGAUGCAGAAUUUCGUCGCGAUAUCUGAUUACUAUAGCGGAACCACCAGGAAUCACGUAGAGUUCGAUGCGGUCAUUCAUUGCUAUCACAGCCUGUUCAAAUAAACCUCCUCCUCUGUAAUGGUCUCUUUCGACGAUAUCUGACGGCGGAUAGCGUGUCUCUAUCUCUUGCCAUUUCAUUGCCUUUUGGGAACCGUUUCGGAUGUUAAAUCGAGACUUAUCCUUGUGAGGAUUAUGUUAAUUUUAUUAACAGUUAAAUUUUAAGUUAACGUUUCUUUCCUGUCAAAUUCUUAACUUCAACUUACUACUUCCGGUCAGAACGUAGUUU